AAACGGAGAGUACCGAGAAAGCGAGAGAGAAGGGAGGAGAGAAAGGAAGGGAAGGAGGAGGAGAAUGAGUAGACUAGGUUUAUAGAAUCAGCGUCCCCUAUGAACACAACGAAUGACAGUCCGGCUUGCAUCACAGGUACGAACGCCUCCGAUUGGUUGAAGCACAGUUCUGAAGGAGAAGACAGAGGAAGGACUUCAAGGGCCUGAGCAUGCGCUAUUGUGUCUCCAGUCCGUACAUAUGUAAGACAAAAUCCUUCUGUAGCUAUAGACAUUGCUGUCUGACAUCCACUGUCGUGGUAGACUACAAGAAUAGGUAUUUUCUACUAAGAACUGGACCUACACACAUCUAGAGCUCCUUUCGGUUUCAUUUUAAGGUUCUUUUCGGGUUUAGCUUUGGCUGUAGCCUAUCCAACCCUAACCUCACCGAAACGGGGACUCUAACCCUGACGGGAAUCGAGUCCUGUCUGUUCUCCUUCCCCAGGGCAGCUCUCUUCUCUCUCUCUCUCUCUCUCUCAUCUCUCGCUUCUCCCACCUGCCCCAUCCUCUCCCUCUUUCACCCCUUCCACACAGAUGCACCCCGCUGCCCAGCUCGACAGGAGCGAUGGGAUGUGUCAACUAGUAGAUGACACAGUCCUGGACCAUGUAAGGGAGCUGAAGGAUAAAUCUGCAGUGUUUCUACCAGAGCGAGAGACGGGAGGACCGAGGGAAGAGGAGGAAGAUAGAGGAAUGGGCGUGGGGAAGAAUACCACCUCUAUGUCGAUGGAGGGAGGAGAAGGGGCAAAGUAUGAGGAUGAGAACAAACACAGCGCAGACUUCUACCCCAUUCCGGUGGUGGUGAACGGAGUGGAACAGGCCGCUGGAGAGCAGGACACUGAAGACACUGAGCUGAUGGCCAUCUACACCAAAGAGAUCCAGGAAGGAGAGAAGAGUUCCAUGUCAGAGACGUUGGACAGUGCAGACAGUAUGGACGCCAGGAGAAUGGACAUGAUCUACACCAUCGAAGACACACCUCCCUGGUACCUGUGUAUAUUCCUGGGCUUACAGCACUACCUGACGUGUUUCAGUGGUACCAUCGCGGUGCCGUUCCUGCUAGCUGAAGCCAUGUGUGUAGGGUUUGACCAGUGGGCUACCAGUCAGCUCAUAGGAACUAUCUUCUUCUGUGUGGGAAUUACCACCCUGCUACAGACUACACUGGGCUGCAGGCUUCCUCUGUUCCAGGCAAGUGCAUUUGCCUUCCUGGCUCCCGCCAGAGCAAUCCUGUCACUAGACAAGUGGAAGUGCAACGCUACAGUGGUUCCGCCAAUGUUCAACGAAACCGAGCUGUUCAACACUGAACACAUCUGGCAUCCCCGAAUACGAGAGAUCCAGGGGGCUAUCAUUGUGUCGUCUCUGAUAGAGGUGUGUAUCGGCUUCCUGGGGCUUCCAGGACUCCUGUUGAAAUACAUCGGCCCUCUGACCAUCACCCCAACCGUGGCCCUCAUCGGCCUUUCUGGCUUCCAGGCUGCAGGGGAAAGAGCAGGGAAACACUGGGGCAUCGCCAUGCUGACUAUAUUCCUGGUGUUGUUGUUCUCUCAGUAUGCGAGGAACGUACAGCUUCCUCUGCCCAUCUACAAGGCUAAGAAAGGAUGGACCUCUUAUAGAUUACAGCUCUUCAAGAUGUUCCCUAUCAUCAUGGCCAUCCUGGUGUCAUGGCUGAUCUGUUUCAUCUUCACUGUAACCAACAUUUUCCCGCCGGAGAAAGACAAGUACGGUUACUACGCCCGCACUGACGCACGCCAGGGGAUACUGGCAGCUGCACCUUGGUUCAAGAUCCCCUACCCCUUUCAGUGGGGUGUUCCUACGGUAACAGCAGCAGGGGUGAUAGGUAUGUUCAGUGCCGUGGUCGCUAGCAUCAUCGAGUCUAUCGGGGACUACUAUGCCUGUGCCCGACUCUCCUGUGCCCCCCCACCCCCUGUUCACGCCAUCAACAGGGGUAUAUUUAUGGAAGGUCUGUCCUGCGUGUUGGAUGGGCUGAUGGGGACAGGAAACGGCUCUACUUCCUCCAGUCCUAAUAUAGGCGUGCUGGGCAUCACUAAGGUAGGCAGUCGGCGUGUGAUCCAGUACGGUGCUGCUAUGAUGCUGCUGCUAGGGUUGGUGGGUAAAUUCAGUGCGUUGUUUGCCUCCCUGCCUGACCCUGUCUUGGGGGCGCUGUUCUGUACCCUGUUUGGAAUGAUCACAGCUGUGGGACUGUCCAACCUGCAGUUUGUAGACCUCAACUCCUCCAGGAACCUCUUUGUUUUGGGCUUCUCAAUCUUCUUUGGCCUGGUGCUGCCCAGCUAUCUCAAACAGAACCCUCUGGUCACUGGUAUAGUGUCGCUAGACCAGGUGUUGAACGUGCUCCUGACCACAGCCAUGUUCGUAGGGGGGUCAGUGGCAUUUGUGCUGGAUAACACUAUCCCUGGUACCAGGGAGGAGCGAGGGAUCGGGAAGUUGAAGCGAGGGUCGGGACCCAGUGCUGCGGAGCUGGAGGGAAUGAGAACCUACGACCUCCCGUUUGGCAUGGACUUCCUGCGUCGUCACACAGUCUUCCAAUACUUCCCCAUCAGCCCUACCUUCAGCGGCUACCAGUGGAGCGCGAUCCGCAAGGCCUGCAGACGUAGGGGUGGACGGGGGGAGGCAGGGAAGGGAGCAGAGAUGGAGAGAGUCACAGAACCAGGGGAGAGCGGGGUAUAGCAGACGGGUAGGAACGGGGUGGAGGGGAGGGGGAAGGGAUGGAGCUUGGAACCAUGGAAGGGAGGAGAGGGAUGGAAGGGAGGGGUGGAGGUUUUUAUGUUGUGUCAGUGCAGUGUGACAUGCUCAACCCUGUCUUGUAUGUCUGUGUGUCUGUAGAACUCCCUGUUUAUGCCCUAUCCAUGCUGUUAUUAGCAUGUUAUAACAGGUGACUUUAGUGUGUUAUAAUGUCCUUCUAGAGGAGCGUUCAGGUGGAGUUGCAACACUCUCUGGCUCUCGUCUCUACAUAGUAUGUGUGCAUAAGAGCAGUGUAUUAGACAGCCCCUUUAUUGAGGUCCCUGUCUUCCCAAUACACUAUUUCUACUGGGUCCUUAAGUUCAAGCACUUAUUUUCAAGGUCAACCUGUCUACAUUCAUUCCAAGAAAUAAAAGGUUUCUUCUCAGCCGUUGAACCAAAAUACUCUUAAUAUAUUACACUCCCAGGGGCUCCGCGUGCAUUUGUGUGUGUGUGUGUGUGUGUGUGUAUGCCAACCCAUGACAUUGUGAUGGGGUUGUGUGUGUCACUUGCACUGGCGCAUUCCCUGUUUAAGGACAGAGAUGGACAGUAUCUAAUUUACAACAAAUGUUUUUAAGCUGAAUCGUUGACACCUUACAGACCAAAUGAGAAUCAGACGAAGCUAGUCAGUCAGCCCUGUUUAGCAAACCUACACUGCCCACGGUGGUUAUGGGAAAUGUAGUCCUGUUGAAAGGGAACUGGAUUAAAGUUGGAGAGGCUUGAUGCAAAUUCACAUUAAACAAAUAAUUUGCCUGCACGCUACAUUUACACACGCACACUAGCGAGCACAAGCUUAAUUGCAUGCAGAUAGUGUAGAUGCAAGUGGCUUGUCAAAUGGCAAACCUUAGCCAUGCAAAAUGAUUGAUCUUCAUUUUGCACUAUUAGUGCGAAGAGUUAAUGCACAGAAUGUUAGUUGAAACCUGCUUCUCUAAUUGGCUUCUACCCACAUAACACGGCCACACUUCAAACACAACAGAUCAGACAAUGUCAUCCACUGGACGAAGGGCUCUCAGUCCCGUAGCCCGAGACACUUUUCCUAGUGCCCUAGUCCUAGACACUUUUCCUAGUGCCCUAGUCCUAGACACUUUUCCUAGUGCCCUAGUCCUAGACACUUCUCCUAGUGCCCUAGACACUUCUAGGGCCCUAGCCGUAGACAUUUCUAAAUGACCUCUCAUAGAUCUGAAGGAGAAUGGAUGUCAGUAUCCUGGUAAAAGCUCAUUCUAGCCCUCUAAAGGGAUAAUUGAAGCUAGUACCACUGAUUACGGGGUCUGUUUCUUUCAAUCCAGCAGGUGCCAUGAAGAAGUGUUUAGGUCAGGGGUAAGAGCUGUGGAUGAGGUCUUGAUUUAAGACUGGGACUGUUGAUGUUCACCCAGUCAGCUUGCAAGCCUUACUGUGUCAGUAUUAUCUUUAGCAUCGUUAACAAAUGCCACCAAAACCAGCUCUCUCCUGAACGCAUACACCCUCAACUAGCUGCUGUUAUUACAACUGGAAUUAAUAUAGCAUUUGAAGGUUGACUUAUAAACUGCUUAUAAGCCAUUAUUGCAUAAUAUAACUAGUAUUAACUGCUUACAAGUCAAUGUAAGUUUUUUUAUUUUAUUGAAAUGUAACAUUUAUUAACAUGUAUUACCUGUAAGGACCUAUAAUCAUAAAUCAUGAAAAACAGACUAUACAAUGUAAUAGUUUAACAAUGUUCAUGAGCAGUUCAUAAGGACACUUUCAAAACCUUUUUCACGUUUGUACUAUGUUUAGAGAGGCUACACCGAUUUAGCGCGAAGCAGAAUGCACUUGGUUAGCUAGUUGUGCGAUCACAACGUAGUUUUUGAAAUGCAGACCUUUUUCUAUUUCACUGAUGUUCUUCAUUUUGUUAUUGUGUUCGAUUCAUACUUAGUCUAGUGUUCUGUAGUGUUUGUGAGCACAUUCAUGGUCAUAUAGGUGGUGUGACCACUGCCCAGGCCACAGCCUAAGUGAAGAUCAUGCUAUGAUAAAGGCUUACAUGCAGAGUCACACCAGUGCAUGGUUUACAAAGGAAGGAAAUGGAGAGACGCUCCACAGAUUUAGCUAGGGAAAUUACCAGAAAGAUGCUUUGAAAUAAUUUCUACCCAGAUGCCUGACAAAGUGAGAAAUGGUGAGAGGAAAGAGGUGAUUUUUAUGGUACCAAUCCUCUCCCUGAUCGCUAUAGGCUCCCCUUCCCUCUGCUCUGUCCUACUCUGAUACAGGUGUCAGAGGUCUACACUACUGUUCUGUUCAAGUGAACACAUUGUUUGAUUUACAGACACCAUAGCAUAGUCUUCAAGUUUAAUGGUUGUGGGGUAGAGAGUGUAUUUGAUGAUGUUGAUAGGGGUGUCCUGGGGGUAUUUGUUCACAAUGGCUCACAGACUACAAUCUUGUCCUGCGCCUAUUGAUUCUGUCUAUUGUUCUACUAUUAUUAUGAUUGUUACUGGUGUCAUUAUUCGUGUUGUUGGCAUUGUUCACGUGUUUGGUUCUAUGUGCCGACCCCCAAUCCCCUCUACAUCACUCACUUGCCUCACCCUCCCUUCUUCCAUCCUCACAUCAACUGUCGGAACCUGCAGCUCAACUUCAAAUACAACUUUAUUUAUAGUUCCUGUAACAUACAGUACAGGUCACACCUCACAAGUUGAAUGUCCUCUAAUGACUGACUACACAUUCAGUGGACCAGUAAAUAUCACUCAAGACUAUUGCCAGGUAGUGCUCCCUGACUGUGUGUGUUCACAUGUUUCAGAGCUGGGGUCAAGUUCAAGUCAAGAAUUCAAAAACUGGGUGCGUCAGAAAUGGCACCCUAUUCCCUAUAUAGUGCACUGUACUACAUAGAGAAUAGAGUGCCAUUUGCGACACAAUGAGUGUGAUUGACAUGGAGAUGACCCUCUGGAACCUCUGCUAUGUGUGUCUGGCCUGGAGCGCUGUGUUUUACUGUCUGAGCCGUCAUCUAUAGAAAAGCCAUGGUUGAUUGUUGGGGUAGGGUUGAAUUGGGACUCCUCCUGGCCAGUAUUGUUCUCUAUUAUAAGCCUACAAAACAUAGUUAACUUAAAAAGAUGCACAGAUAUGCAUAAUGAUUGAUCUUUGCAGAACCAAAAUGCAAAAGAAGCACCUGUCCUUUCUUCAUUCUUUUUCAUCAACUAUUUCUCUUACUCUUCUCUUUGCUGCACCAAAACAAUGAGUGGCGAUAGUCACUGGUUCAGACAUGUAGAAAUGUAAACCAUUUUAAGUAACAUUUCAAAUUGACUUGGAUUUUUCAUGUUUUAUUUAUUUAUUUAUGAUUAGUAAGAGUCUGUUUAGUGGGAUGUAUGUGAAGCCAAUUUGUGUGCCAUAUGCACAUUGUCAUAAAGACAUUAGUUUUGAGUUUACUUGUUAGUUUACUGGCCCUAUUAGAAUGUUAUUCAGAUUUUCCACUGAGAUACUGAUAUUGUUAGUCCCCACAGGCAGCAGGUUGAAGUUACCUCUGGAUACUGAUCACAGAUCAGUUUUGUGUUUUCUCCCUUAAUGAGUGUGGUUAGAAUUUGUUGUGACUGGUCCUAUAUCUGUGCCUAAGGACAACUUAUACAACAAGCUCUGUGAAGGGAGAGGCUCCAGUGUGUACUCUUUAGAACCUGAACAGAGAAAAGCAACAUUCUUACUAAGAUCAUAUAAUCACACAUGGUUCUCUUACAAGAAGUCAUUCCAUGCAUGUUGUAUUUUUAUGAAAACCCUUUUGAACUGGACAUGGCUCAGUUAGGGACCCAAGGUGAGAGGGAAGAGGUUGAAGAGAGGGCAGUCUAGAACAGGGGUUCUCAAACUUUUUAGGUCUUGGGACCCCUUUUGUGAUGCCAAAUUUCAGGGACCCCCCUCAUAAUCAGAACACAACUCGAGUGAGCUGAACAUUUGCAUACAAGGAAGAACCAACUCUUGAACCCUGGAAAGGAACAUUUUAAAGGCCCAUCUCUUGGCAUCAGAGAGAUAAUGUUGCAGUUUUUCAAGCAAAUUUCCUGCAAUUCUACACAUUUUGUCAUGGGGAAGAGAUUUUUUGUGUUGCAGAUUUAAAUCUAAUAUCCUGAAGUUAUAUACAUGUUGCCAUGAAGCAUGUUUUUUGCUGCAGUUUUAAAGCUUAAAUUACAGUGCAUUUUAAUAUAUAUAUUUUUUAAUCAUUUUUGGGAAUAAAAGGAAGUAAUUGACUUGAACAAAUUUACUGUGGAUACCAAUAUCCCUGUGAGCCUCCCAAACCCAUGUUGCCAAGAGUUAAUAACAUAAAUUAUAUUGUUACAUUUUAUUAUAUUGUAUUACACCCUCAACUUAUUCCAUGGAUCACUUGGCCAAAAUCUGUUUAAUCAGUAAUAUUCAUUUAAAAAAUGGUAAUUAAAAUAUUUAGUUUGAUAUGUUUUGAAAUCUGUCCACGGACCCCUUGCAGUACCGCCGCACCCCACUUUGAGAACCCCUGGUUUAGAAGAUCUGGCAGCAGCGUAGCCUAGUGGUUGGACUAGUAACCGGAAGGUUGCGAGUUCAAACCCCCGAGCUGACAGGGUACAAAUCUGUCGUUCUGCCCCUGAACAGGCAGUUAACCCAAUGUUCCCAGGCCGUCAUUGAAAAUGUGUUCUUAACUGACUUGCCUGGUUAAAUAAAGGUAAAAUGUUUAAAAAUAAAAUAAAUAAUAGCAGGGUUCUGAGAACACCUUUAACAUUUUGCUGUAAACAGACUUAACUAUAUUCAGGGUGUGGAGAGAAGAGGGUAGUCAAUGGUUUUGUAGUCUUUUGAAAGGGGAAAGGAGAUGGGGAAUGGGACAGGAGGGGUGUAUUCUGCCACUUGUGGUGAAAUAACUUUGUACACACAUGCAUAUUCUAUAAUGCAAUUUCUAUGAUGUCACCACACACUAAUGCAACUAGCAGAGAUUCCCCUCCACACCUGCAGUGCAAAUAUGGUGUAAGUGUCCUCUCCGUUUUAGUGUACCUAUAUUCUCUAUUGAAAUGGCAAUGUUUAAUGCAGGAAUAUAGACACUGGUUGGCCACUAAGAGUCUGUGGAUCCAGGGCAAGGUUCAGUGAUCUAAGGUCAGUGAUCUAAGGUCAGUUUUGCAUUCCUCCAGACUAAUGGUUAGUGUUAGGAUUUGGGGUGGGUAGACUGGGUGAAAAAUGCCCUUGACACCAAAGUGCUGAUCGGUACUUAGCUUGUUUUGACUUUGAUAUCUUUAGUUUGUAUUGCAUGGACCUCCUUGGUGCCGAUAGAUUCUUCUCACAGCAUGGAUAGUAAAAAAAACUUUCAAAAAACGGAAUUAUACCCCUAAAACUAUGUUAAAUAUAACUACAAUAUAAACCAGGGGUACAUCUGAAAUGGUUUACUAUUUCCCAUGUAGAGCACCACUGACUCUGGAAAGUAGUGCGCGAGGGGAGUAGGGUGUCAUUUGAGCUUCAGCCCAAAGCUCACCUCAUUUGAGCCAAUGCCUCACCUCUGCAUGUGCUUUCUCACUCAAGGUCAGGAGGUGUAUGACACAAAAAUCUAUCCCUUUCAGUUAUUUUGAAGGGGAAGCUACCUGAAGAAUAUGCUUUUUGUCUCGUGUUUUAUCUUUUCCAAUGUUUUCUUGUUUUUUAUACAUAAUUUGUGUUUUUACAAAGAUGUUUGUAAGAAAAUAAAUCAUGCCUUUUUAAUCUUAAAUUGUCAUGCUGCAAUGCGCACCAUUUUUGUUACAUUUUUAUUUAAUAAACAAAAGAAAAUACAUUUUUUUUCUAUUUCAAAUCUGUAGUUUGGUGGAAUACUUUUGCUAGCUGGACAUUUUUUCAUAUUGUAUUUUUCUAACAUUGCUUCCUGUUAUCAAGUUAAUACAGUAUCAGUACAAAUUGAGGGAGCUGACUUUAAACAGAUGUAUAAAUAUAUAUUGAAUUGAGUACAAUGUGCUAAGAAACUUCUGGACCAGGCAUUGUGUAUACUAACAGUAGCAACAAAAUGUUAUUCUUUGUUCCUAAAGCUAUUUAAUAAGAUGUUACAGAAUCAA